AUGGAUACUUCUUCUCCAGGAAUUCGAUCUCGAAUUUUGGAUAAGAAAGGGGUUGAGAACGGAGUUGCGGAUCAUCUCUCAAGGAUGAGAGUAAAUGAACCGCACCUAUCGACGAUACUCUGCCUGAGGAACAGCUACUCUUGGUGGAAAGUCUGGGAAAAGCGUAGAUUACGCCAACUACUUGGUGUGUGGAGAGGUCCAGCCGAUCUAUCUCCUUACCAGAAGAAGAAGUUCUUCAGGGACAUCUCACACUUCUUUUGGGACGAACCAUACCUGUUCAAGAGAGGAUCGGAUGGUCUGUUUAGGAGGUGCAUAGCUCAGGAGGAAGUAGAAGGAAUACUCGAGCAUUGUCACGGAUCAAGCUACGGAGGUCACUUUGCGACUUUCAAAACAGCUUCCAAGGUUCUUCAAGCCGGAUUCUGGUGGCCAAGCCUUUUCAAAGACACUCACGACUUCAUUGCAAGGUGUGAUAGAUGCCAACGAGAAGGGAGCAUUUCCAAGCGCAAUGAAAUGCCACAAAACCCGAUACUUGAGGUGGAAGUGUUUGAUGUAUGGGGCAUCGACUUCAUGGGCCCCUUUGAGCCACCUUCUCAUGGGAAUAGAUACAUCCUAGUGGCAGUUGACUAUGUGUCCAAGUGGGUCGAGGCAAUCGCUUCCCCAACGAACGAUGCCAAGGUUGUGCUCAAGCUGUUCAAAAGCAUCAUCUUCCCGAGAUAUGGAGUGCCAAGGGUUGUAAUAAGCGAUGGAGGAAGCCACUUUAUCAACAAAGUCUUCGAGAACUUGUUGAAGAAGUAUGGAGUCAAGCAUAAGGUAGCGACACCAUACCAUCCUCAGACAAGUGGUCAAGUGGAAGUGUCGAACAAGCAGAUAAAGGGGAUCCUCAGGACGAUUGUGGGAGUCACCAAGAAGGACUGGGCAGUUAAGUUGGACGACGCUCUCUGGGCUUACAGGACCGCCUAUAAGACGCCAAUAGGAAGGACACCUUUCUCGCUCCUUUACGGGAAAUCGUGUCACCUUCCGGUGGAGAUUGAGUACAGAGCACUCUUGGGCAAUCAAACUGCUCAACUUCGACAUCAGGUCUGCCCAAGAGAAGAGGGAGCUAAGUUGUUCCCUGGGAAGCUCAAGUCCAAGUGGUCGGGCCCGUUUGAGAUUAAGGAAGUCCUUCCUUAUGGAGCUGUCACUUUGCUUAACCAGAAUGGCGAGGAGUUCACGGUGAAUGGCCACAAGCUCAAACCGUAUUUGGGCCAACGCAUUCAAGGAGAAGGAGUCUCAACUCCUCUUCCGGACGCUCCCUUAGCCUAA